AUGACCUUAUUCGGCAACACAGUUGUUCUUACAGCUAUUAUUUCUAGUACUUUUCUUCAUACACCCAUGUACUUCUUUCUGGCCAACCUCUCAAUCCUAGAAAUGUGCUACAUAACUAUAACUAUCCCCAACAUUCUCAACAACAUCAAUAGCCAAAGUAAUAUAAUUUAUUUCUGGGCAUGUAUUUGCCAAGUUUAUCUCUUUACAUUGUGUGCUACUACAGAAUGUGUUCUUUUAGCUAUCAUGGCUUAUGACCGUUAUGUUGCUAUUUGUAUCCCUUUACGAUAUAGAAUUAUCAUAAACCAUACUUUGUGUCUCCAGUUAACAGGGGCCGCAUGGGCCAGUGGCAUUGUGAACUCCAUCAUACAAUCGCUUCCCACUUCUCUUCUGCCAUACUGUGGACUAAACAAGAUAGAUAGAUUGUACUGCGAGGUUCAGCCACUGUUACAAUUGUCUUGCAGUGAUGCUUAUAUCAACAAGGUUUUGACUUCUGUUUCUGCUACAGUGUUCGGAGUUGGGUUCAUGACCUUUAUUUUGAUUACCUAUAUCUUUAUCAUUUCGACCAUUCUACGGAUCCCAUCUUUACAUGGGAGGAUGAAAGCUUUCUCAACCUGUAGUUCUCACAUCACGGUGGUCACCAUGUAUUAUGGUGCUCUUAUUUUUAUGUACAUGAGGCCAACAUCCUCCAAUUCACAGAGAAUGGACAGUGUUGUGUCUGCCACCUACUGCAUGAUCAUCCCAGUGCUGAACCCGAUUAUUUAUAGCUUGAGGAAUAAGGAAGUAAAACGGGCCAUUACAAACAAAUUUAAAUUACCCUUCAACAGUCAAACGGCAAGACUUGGUGGGCAGUGAUAGUGGUUAAGCUACUGUACAUUUGGAAAUAGACCAUUAUCUUCUAUUUUGCACAGUACAGGGAAGGUAGA